UUAACAAUGAUAGCCUCCCUUCUUUCAAUAUAAAUACAUGUAUUAAUGCCUCUACUCAAAGAAGUUAAAGCUUCAAUUUCUGUAUAAAUUUUUUCCACAACCAACCAAAGGGCCACAGGAAUGCUCUUUGCUACCUAAAGCUGACGAAAUCCAUUCAUCUCUUCUUCCUCCUUUUUAGUCUCCUUAUAUUUUGUUCGAGAAGAUAUGGGUCUAAGAGAGAUAGAGUCCUCUCUUCCUCCAGGUUUCAGAUUUCAUCCAAGUGAUGAGGAACUGGUCUGCCACUAUCUUUACAAGAAGGUAAACAAUCACAAAAUCAUUGAAGGUAAGAUGGUGGAGGUCGACCUGCACACCAGGGAGCCAUGGGAGCUUCCAGAGAUGGCCAAGCUCAGUGAGAAUGAAUGGUACUUCUUCAGCUUUCGCGACCGUAAGUACGCUACAGGUUUACGCACAAAUAGAGCCACAAAAACUGGUUACUGGAAGGCUACUGGAAAAGAUCGCAUAAUAUACCAUUCUAAGACGCAUAGAGUUGUUGGGAUGAGGAAGACACUGGUCUUCUAUCAAGGAAGAGCUCCUAAUGGAAUGAAGACAAAUUGGGUGAUGCAUGAGUUUCGGCUGGAGAAUCUUCAUGCUCCUCCCAAGGAGGAUUGGGUGCUAUGUAGGGUUUUUCAUAAGAGGAAAGGGGAGCCUAUAAGAAUUGGGAAUGGGAGUAUUGCUGAACAAGAAAACAUUUUAUCUUCUGGCUCACAGUUGGAGAUAUCUACAGAUGAUCAGAUGGAGCAGCUGGCCAAUGCACCAGAUGGAAUCCAUGGAGAUAUGGGGUCUUCAAUCCCUCUUGUCCCAUAUCAAGAAGGAAAUAGCUCAAACACCUACCUUAAUUUUGCAGUUUUGCAGUAUAACUUCUUUGAUUUCCCACAGGAGAUGAUGAUGGGAAAUUCAGAUGUGAUUGGAAUGGAAUCAAGGCAUGCUAGUGGGGAUGAGUUUGGCUUUCUUUUGGAUAUGGGGUUGGAUGACUUUGUGCAUGAGAGUGGGGAAGGAGGAGGAGCAAAGCUGAUGAGUAAUGUGGAAGCUGGGUUGAGAUGCCAUGAUGGGAAAGAUGAGGUGGUUUCAUUCUAAUUAGCUUGGGAAUUAGUCAAGAAAAAAGCUAAAGAUUGUAUUGUAUACUUACUCUUAAGAUUUAGAUGUAGAUAGAUUUGGAUUGGAGGAACUGGUUAUAUUAAUUUAAGAUGAUUGUUGUUUAUGGUAGGAGUGUAAAAAGUUUAUGGUCUUAUUUGUGCAUUUCAUUGAUAAAAUCAUGAUGCCAUUCUACAGAAAUAAUGUGAUAAAAAGCGUUAUAUU